GAAAAUUAUAAACCAAUUUCUGAGGAAUUAAUAAAGUCAAUAAAUCAAAUCAAUAAAAAACAAUGAAUAUCGAUCGCGGAUUAUUUAAGAGUGAAUUGAAUUAGAUUUCAAUGGAAACUUAUCAUUUGAUUUUGGGGGUGAAUUUUAUAUUUUCGAAUAAUAUUGGGUUAUGAAAGGGAAACAGCUUUUUGGUGGUGGAAAUAAUGGUUGAAUACGAAUGAUAAAAGAAGUUGUGAAACUGUUUUAUAAGAAAAAGAGGAAAUAACCCCUUUGGAUGGGCACAAAGACUUUGGCUCGCCACAAUUGGUGGGCAGAACAUCCGCACCCAACGGAUCCCCGCGGUUUAUGUGAUGGCAAUCUUCUCUGUAUGGUCUACACCAGAACUUUAUGCUCAGAAGCUUACAAACUCAUUUUCAAAGUUUCCGACCCACCCAUCGAUAAAUCGUUACCCCCCGUACUUUCAUCGAGUUACCGAGGUGAAUAGUACCUGUCAAAGGAGUCUAGAUUGGAAUGGCCCUUGCACCAGAAAACCUUUCAAGAACUUCAGACUCAAUUGCAUUGCAAAUGAUGGAAUAAUACCCGAUCCUCAGUCAAUGGAUCUCGAUGUUUGUACAUACAAGAAUGCAGGAGUGAUCACGGAAGACGGUCGGAUAAAUUUUGAAAUGUUUAAAAAAUUGGUUAAGGUAUUCCUUAUUAACGGGGCACACAAUUUUGUGGACGUCUACUUCCAGAAUAUGGAGCGGUGUAUAAACGCCGUGCAACCGGACAGAGAUGCGGAACAGCUAGUCCAGGCGCUACACGACUGCGAAGAUCGAGCAGAAAAUGAAUAUUAUUUGGAGCUGAUGAUGUGCGAUAAUUUUAUGGAAUCUAUUGUUAAUCAAUAACAAAGAAAGUAUUUAAGAUUCGCUUUGUUAAA